ACCUGAAUGCAGAGCAAUGAAGUUGAUGGUUGGGGUUUUGACUGGUUUCUGGUUUUUAGACGGGCUUUAUCUCAGAGUUGAUGUUUUUGUAGCCAAGUUUCAUAGUUCAGUGUUUUAUGGAGGGGGAAAAGGAACAUUCCGGAAAAAUAGAUAUUGGUGACUGUGAAGUAGUUUUUUAUUUUGUUGGGGAGGUGUUAGGUAGUUCAGAGAGCACACUAUAUCUCACUACCACUUCAAAAUCAGUAGGCUAGUUAUUGGUUUCAUAACUGUGUGAGUGUGUGCAUAUGUUAUAUAACCAAAAUAUUUCACACUUAUUGUGAUACUCAUGGUCAUCAGUGACCAAUGUGUGGGAAGUUGUUUUGACUUGGGCCUCUAUGGAGCUAUGGUCUAAUGGAGUGUAAAGCAAAAAGCACUUAGGACUUUUUUCUGAAAAUCACUUUCCAGUGAGUCACAUUUCACAGCUGUAAACACACAAUUCUAUUCUCACUUUAUCUCCAAGACCUUUCAACGAUUCAAUCAUCGAUUUUGCAUCUCUCACUGCUGUCUACUUUAAAACUUUGCUCUGAGAAUAUUUGGAUGUUUGCCAGAGCCAAUCCCAUUUUCUUCCGGGAACUUUAGAGGCAUUUUGCAUGGUUCUAUCAAUUAUGUAUGUUUUCAUAUACAGGUGUCUCUCGUGGGGUCCGUUACCUAACGUAGGCCUACGACUAUUAUGACAUCAUAACCACACGCACUCUCUUGGGGACACCGUGGAAUUGAUACGAGACAUACCGUGAUUAAGGCAAGCGCAGCGGUGUAAACGACCACAUAAGUAGUUUUGGGGGGUAUCUGUACAUACUUUUAAGGAAUGUAGUGAAGUAAAAGUUGUCAAAAAUAUAAAUAGUAACGUAAAGUACAGAUACUCCCAAAAACGUGCUUGAAAGUAUUUUUACCUAAGUACUUUACACCACUGGUUAUAGCCCUAUUUGAAUGGGUGUUACUAGAGACGUUGGAUUUGUAAUUAUUAUCCAAGGAUAUGCGUUAUUCCAGAGGACGAUUCACACAAGAUGAGUUCGUUUUUCCAAACUAUAUUUUUGUUCAGUGCAUUUAAAUUGAAGUGUGAUCAUACUGAUUAUUUUAGUGAUCCAUCCAUGGCAGAGCUACCAUUCGUUAGGUUCUCCAACCCUAAUCUUGGGCAUCUGAUUAAUUAGCUGGAUGAUAAACUGAAUCAGGUUAGUUAAAAGUGGGGUUGGAGCAAAACCUAUAGGAAGGUAGCUAUCCAGGAACAGAAUUGGAGAGCCCUCACCUAUGCCAUAAAACAGGGUUGAAUUAAAUAGCCUAAACUAUAGAAAACACAUUUUAUUGCAAAUUUAGGCCUAAUUAAACUGAUACAUUUGGCGAUGUUAAACUUAUAUUCACUGGCACAACGAAUAAUACCUUAACCGUACACCAUAGUGAUUGCCUCGUAAAUUGACCAAAAGUAUAUUUUAGGCUUUGUUAGAUACAGAUUACCAAGAUAUAGCCUAUGCGAACGACACUGACUGACUGUCUAUCUGCCUGCCCUGAUCCUCUCUCUCCCUCGCCUGCUCCUCUUCGCUAGUGUUUGGUCUUCGGUCUGUUGUGUGUAGAAUAGCUCAGCCCACUCAUUGAUUGUCCCUACAUUGCAAGACAAGAAAUUCCUAUAGCCUACAUUUAAUGUUUACCGAUGCACGGUUCCGACUGUUUGCAUCUCUAUCUAUCGCUAGCUCGCUCUUUGCUGUGAGAGUUUUGUUUUUGAAAUAUACAAGGGAAAUAGUUUCCUCCGUUGCAAAAAAUACUGAAUCUUAGGAGUCGAGGAGUCAAUUCCGAAUCUUGACACCCAGAAAUGCGAGUCGGCGGGCAAGGACUCGAGGAAUCGAUUAGAUGAGGUGCCGUCAACUUCGCCUGAUGACUUGUGUUUGACAGCGACGCUCUGCUGUGGAAAGGGUGAAGAAAAAAGACAAUGGAAAUCUUCAAAAUGGACUAGUUCCUCCUUCUCUUCUGAAGUGUGUUGGGAAUAGCCAAACCUCCUCCAGCCACCAUGAACCACUCUAACGAGUCGACCCCACUGUGCUUUUCCAUCAACAGUCCCCCCUUCAACUACACCCACACCAUUGCUUCCGCCUACUUCUCAUCAGUGUUUAGUGCACUGGGCCUCACCUUCAACCUCAUCGCCUUCGUGGUCCUCCUGAAGUCCUUCCUACGCACGCAAAGCCGGUCGCGCUCCUCCUUCCUCAUCUUCCUCUGCGGCCUGGUGUUUACCGACUUCAUGGGCCUCCUGGUCACCGGCUCCAUCGUGGUCUCCUUCCACUUCACCCAGUUCAACUGGCGCCUCCUGGACCCGCACUGCCACUUCUGCAACUUCAUGGGCAUGUCUAUGGUCUUCUACGGCCUGUGCCCGCUUCUGCUGGGAGCCACCAUGGCCAUGGAGCGUUUCGUGGGCAUCAAUCGACCGUUCGCCCGCUCGACCAGCAUGAUGACCAAGUCGCGGGCAGUGUCCAUAGUGCUGCUGGUAUGGGCAGGGGCGGGGUGCAUCUCACUGCUGCCCCUGGUUGGUGUUGGGAGCUACCACAUGCAGAUACCGGGCUCCUGGUGCUUCGUUAAAAUUAGCUCAGAGGCAAGCGACAUGGCCUUUUGCCUGCUUUUCUCACUGGUAGGGCUGCUGUCCAUCGCCGUGUCCUUCCUGCUCAAUACAAUAAGCGUGGUGACCCUGGUCAAGGUGUGCUGCAGCCAGGACGCUAGGCAGCGGCGCCGCGACUACGAGGUGGAGAUGAUGGUGCAGCUCAUCUGGAUCAUGAUGAUCGCUUCCAUCUGCUGGUGCCCCCUGCUGAUCUCUCCUGCGCAAGUGGCUUUUCAUAGGAAAUCGCCACUCCAGCCACCUUCAAUCAGAUAUGUGACCCCUGGGUUUCCAUCCUGUGCCAGGAGUCAAGACUGAGGCAAAUAUUUUUUUUUUUAUAGCACCCCUGUCUUCACUCACCCCACAUUGGUUUGGGCUGUUGGGACUGUCCGGACCUCAUCUCGAACCUGAUCAUCCAAAUGCCUGAAUCAUUCAUGCCACAAUCAAAAGAUGGGCUUUUCUUUAUUUUCUUGUUUUGUAUUGUUCAAUGUUCAUCAUUAAACUCAUUAACUGCACUUGCUUCCUGACUCAUCUGCAUCUACGUUACAGAAAUAUUGCCUCACAGAAUGGAAACGGCAGCCAACCAUACCUACUUCGUCAACACCACGAUCAGCUGGCGCACCUGGGAACGGAGUUCUUCAACGUCUAGAUUCUUCCCCAAGGGAGUCACCCCCAACGAGCGGCGGAUCCUCUACCAUGUGUUGACCCAGCGAACCAGCACCCCAGCCCAUUCAGCAGUCUGCCCAGGUCAGCGAUGCCCGUUUGUCCCUUCCAGACAAAUAUGAUGGGACUCCAUCCAAAUGCUGUGCCUUCCUCCCCCAGUGCUCCCUCUAUUUUGCUCAUCAAACGGGAGCUCCCAUCACUGAGCGCCUACUUCAACCACGACAGGAGGACCAGACUGCUGCGGAGUACGCCCUCGCCUUUCAUACUGUGGCAGCAUCCAGCGGAUGGAAUGUGCUGGUGCUCCGCACCUUAUUCAGAAGGGGUUUGAGUGAGGAGGUCCAGACGUAGCUGGCAUGCCGAGAUGAAACUCUCUCAUUGGACGCACUCAUCGCAACGGCCAUCUGUCUGGAUAACCUCCUUCGGGAGCGUCAGCACUCCCAUCGCUUAUAUCCCUCCUUUGUUGACUGAUCUGAGUCAGAGCCUGAACCAAUGGAGGUAGGGGCUACGCGUAUCUCCACGGCUGAGUGAUGCUGUCGAAGACAACUGGGGCGAUGUCCCUAUUGUGUCCAGGAGGGACAGCUUCAACUUUGUCCACUAAGUUCUAACCCGAGAGUCACUAAAGCAGAGGGACGGUCCAAUGAUCAUCCGUCUCAUGGGGUAGAUCAGGGUGUGAGUAUUCAUCUUCACUCUCCAACAAACCUUUCUUAGUACCUAUUUCAAUAGCUGUCUGUCCCUCGUGUUGUUUCCACAGCUUUAUUUGACUCCGGAGCCACGGGGAAUUUUAUUGACCAGGCCCUUGCCUCCUCCCUGAACAUCAUACCCGCUCUCCUCUCCGUUUUCAGUUCAAGCACUGGAUAACCAACUACUGGAAUCUGGCACAGUCACACACAUCACAGCACUACUCACCAUCACCGUGGGAGCCCAGCACCAAGAAAGCAUCACCUUCCUCAUUAUCCAGGCACCCGUACACAAAGUCGGCCUCCCGUGGCUAAACGCCACGACCCCACCAUGUCCUGGCCGAGGAUGGAGAUUACGGCCUGGGUACCCAGAUGCCGGAAGACCUGCUUUUCCUUACCUUGUGGUUCACGUAGGUUGAGAAUCCUGUGGUUUUCCUCCAGGCUGACAUCCCAGAGUAUUACCAGGAUCUCUGGGAGGUUUUCUCCAAGACUCACGCCACCUGUCUCCCUCCUCUUUGCCCCUGGGACUGAGCCAUCGACCUGCUUACAGACUCUGCGCCUCUGCACAGUCGCAUCUACCCCGUCGGUGGCUGAAACCAAGUCUUUGAAGGAGCACAUCCAGGAGGCUCUCCAACAAGGUUUCAUCCGCCCAUCCGACUCCCCUGCAUUGGCUGGCUUCUUUUUCACAGUGGUGUAAAGUCCUUAAGUAAAAGUACUACUUUUAAGUCUAAGUUUUAAACGUACUACUUAAGUCAGUUUUGGGGGGUAUUUGACAACGUUUACAUCACUACAUUUCUAAAGAAAAUAAUGAACUUUUUACUCCAUAAAUUUUCACUGACACCCAAAAGUUGUCGUUACAUUUUGAAUGCUUAGCAGGUUAGGAAAUGUGGUCUAAUUCACAUACUUAUUAAGAGAACAUCCCUGGUAAUCCCUACAGCCUCUGAUCUGGCGGACUCACUAAACACGU